AUGGCCUUACAGAAGAAAUUCUCCAACAACGAUAUGGAGCUGAUAUCCAUCAGCAAAACUAAUAACGCGGCGGCGGGCGGAAGUGGGCCGCCCAGUGCGACCGACGCGAACGGAAAUGGAAUUCCGGGCAUCAUGAGUUCCGGAUGCGGUGGCAGUAACAACAACAGCGUGAAAAUGCCCUCGAAGAAGAUCCAGUUCAGCAAUCCCGAGUUCAGCAUCACGCCCAUCGAAACCCUGCCCGGAAGUACCGUCCGGCCAGCGCCGAGCCGUCGAAGGGAGGAAGCGAUGGUGAUGGCAAACCUGCGGAAACGGGUAGCCGCAUGCGAUCUGAACAAGAACGUGCGCAAACCACCGCCGGGCAGCACGGCCGCGGGCAAUCUGGACGACAUCAGCAUCAACGACACGGGCCAAACGCAGGACGCUCUCGACAAUCGCCCCUUGCUGCCGAAAUCGACGCCAACCGAGCAACGCAAGAACGAGCGGUCGAAGGCCGGCGGCAGCAGUGAGCAGGGUGCUGCCGGAGGUGUCGAGGACUCACCGAAGGUGAAGAUCGUCAUGGACAAGGAGUUCAUCUUCGAGUGCCUGUGCUGGCACAACGAGUACCGGAUGCGGCACGGAGCGCCAGCUUUGACCGUUUCCGCCGAGCUGUGCGAGUUGGCCAAACUGUGGGCCAACCAUCUGGCGAGCACGAACGAGCUGUACUAUCAGAGCGGCACCAACUACGGCCAGAACAUCUUCUGUUGCCCGGCCAACAGCUUGCUCACCGAUCUGUCCGGUCAGGAGGUGGCCACGUACUGGUACAGCACGAACCGGCGGUACGACUACUUCAAAGAGUCCCACCUACUGCACACCAACGUGAACACGGGACACUUCUCGCAGAUGGUGUGGCGAGGCAGCCGCUACUUCGGUGUCAGCAAGUCGAUCUCCAAGACCGGCAAGCUGUUCGUCGUGGCGUACUACUACCCAUCCGGCAACGUGAUGGGCGAGUUCCAGCAGAACGUACUGCCACCGAUUGUGGCCAACGAGGAGCAGGCCCAGGGCCACCUGUCACGUCCGCCGUCCACCAAGGACCUGGAGAACCUGAGCGCUUCCCACUGA